GGGGUUCUGACCUUCCAGGGUUAUCCCACGCCUCCCUCCGCACGUCGCAGAUUCCGUGCGGCAAAGGGAAGAGGGCCGAAUAGCUGUCUGCAGCCGUCAUCAUGACGGUGGUGCGGCUGCAGGCUGAGGAUGGAGCGUAGAGGUGGAGGAGAAAGCCGCUCGCGUAUCGAAAACCAUCGACAGCAUUCUGCAAGGUGAGGAAGCGACGAAGCCAAGAUGCAUCAUGCACUUCCUGAUUUGUCCAUCCAUUCAUUUGUCUGUCAGAUGACGACAGCAGCAGUGAGAUCCCUCUCCACAGUAUCCGCAGAGCCACGCUGCAAAAGGUGAUGCAGUGGUGUGGGCGUCACGCCGAUGAGGACAGCGAAGGCGGCACGCCUUUGGCCACGCCAGAAACACUGACGACAGCGAAGGCUACAGAGGAGGUGCGUGCGUCUGGCCGGCCACCAUGUGCGCUAAACACACCAACACAGCACGCGUGGUUAUGGGGUCUGCCUGCGUGUGCAUUGUAGGUCCUAGACGAUGAGUGGGAUACCACCUAUGUGGAGGAGAUGAGCUGGGAAACGCUGUGCGAUGUCAUCAAGGUGGGUGUGGUGUGACACGUGUCACAAGACCAUCCAUCCAUCCAUCCAUCGGACUACCAGCCAGCCAGCCUGCCUCCUGCGUGUUGGCUCCAUCAGGCGGCCAGCUACCUCCACAUCCCCCGUCUGAUCCAGAUAGCCCAGAUCAAAAUCGCACUAUAUCUGCGCGCGGUAUGCGGCAGCCAAGCAGGAGAGCUCACACCACAUUAGGUGGUGAUCGUCACGGUGGUGCUCUGCGUGCAGGAGAGUAGCCCUUCGGAGAUCGCCAUCUUGGUCAACAAGGCGAAGGUGUGUGUGCGUGCACGGGAAGGCACACAUACACACUCAUUCGCCUGUGGGAAUGAAUGUCUGCUCAGGCUGUUUCUGUGGGGGCGUCGCCAGAAGAUGGCGGCCAGGUGAAGAGAUCGGCCGAGGGCGAGGCCAAGGGGGCGUCGGGCAGCGGCAGGCAGCCGGGUCUCAGGCAGCCCUUGCUCGCCUUCGCCUCCAUACCGGUACGUGCGUAAAGCAAUCAGGCAGGCAGGCAGGCAGAUACACGACACGCGCCCAAACUCGUCCUUCGAUCUGCUCGGUGUGUGUCUUGGGUCCGUCUUCCGUCACUCAGUAUGACGUGCUGGCUUUGACGUUGGCCUUGCUGCCCCUAGACCUCCUCUCUGCUGCGGCAGGCGCCUCGCUCACGCCCGUCGACACUCGAGAGUGGGAGGUGCUGGCCGCCAACUACACCCACCUCAUCAUCGACCACGACGACACCAGUGCGACCUUCUUCGAGAAGCUCUCCUUCGCGGCGGCUUACGAGUGGGGCAGACGGCUGCCGCACCUCAGGAGCAUC